AUGGGAAACUCGUCAUCUAAGCUUCCAGAGGUCAAUACCCGUAAACCCAAGAAUGGAAUUCCAACCAAAGUGAAUAUGACCUUUAAACAGAUAUACACUGGCACGGAAUUUCAACUUGAGUUCCCUCCAGCAAAUCCAUGGUCCGCUCGCUGGCUGAAGUUAUACCCAGGUAUGUUGCAAUUCUGUGAGGGAACCAUGAGAGGAGAUCCAAUGGUGUUGGCAGCGUAUCCUGCGGAAGACAAUGACUAUGCCAUCCAAUUACCACCUCGUAAGGGCGAUAAAAGGGCAUUUUUGAGAGUUCAGAAUACAUCAUCUGGCAUGGUGUAUUUGGUCGAAUACACAACAGAAACUGGCGAAAAGUACACCUUCGAGUGGCUGCGAUACCACGAUGCCAAAGACGGAAGCUGGAGAUUGAAACAGAGCAUUCCAGCGUAUGGACAAUCAGAAUAUUCACAAGAAAGCGUGGCGAAAUGGAUUCCUGGAGAUCAAUUUAAAGGCGAAUUAGGAUAUUUUGAAAUGUGUGGAGACGGCCUGGAUGGGAAGUUUGGAGAGUACUUCCCAUUGGUGGCUAUGGCAACAGUACUCACCAUUGAGUGUACGAACAAUAAGAAUUUGUGCAAUCAAGGCAGGUCGACAGAUUCAAGUGCCGAUGGUACAUCAUAUUAUGGUUCCGCAGGAGGAAUGAGCUAG